GCGCCUCCCGCGCGCUCCGGGCCCUACGAUUGGCUGGCGCCUGGCGGGCCGGGGCUGGCGCCAAUUCGAAGAGCGGGAGCGGAGCGGCAGCUAGUUCCGGCCAGUCCCGCCAUGCCCGAGCCGCAGAGCCCGGCGCUUCCGCCGCAAGGGGAGCUGCAGUACCUGGGGCAGGUCGAGCACAUCCUGCAGCGCGGCCACCGGAAGGAGGAUCGGACCGGGACCGGCACCAUCUCCGUGUUCGGGCUGCAGGCGCGGUACAGCCUGAGAGAUCAGUUUCCUUUGCUGACAACAAAACGAGUGUUCUGGAAGGGAGUGCUGGAAGAGCUGCUAUGGUUUAUCAAGGGUUCAACAAAUGCUAAAGAGCUCUCUGCAAAAGGAGUGAAGAUUUGGGAUGCCAAUGGAUCACGUGAAUUCCUGGAUAAACAAGGUUUCACUGACAGAACAGAAGGGGAUUUGGGACCAGUGUAUGGUUUCCAGUGGAGACACUUUGGAGCUGAAUACAAAGAUAUGAAUUCAGAUUAUUCAGGCCAAGGAGUGGACCAGCUGCAGAAUGUAAUCGACACAAUCAAAAACAAUCCAGAUGACAGAAGAAUCAUCAUGUGUGCUUGGAAUCCCAAAGAUAUUUCACUAAUGGCUUUGCCUCCAUGCCACGCUCUGUGCCAGUUUUAUGUUCUAAAUGGUGAAUUGUCUUGCCAGUUGUAUCAGAGAUCUGGAGACAUGGGACUGGGGGUGCCUUUCAAUAUCGCCAGUUAUUCACUGCUUACAUAUAUGAUUGCCCAUGUCACAGGCCUGAAGCCUGGUGAAUUCAUACACACACUAGGAGAUGCUCAUAUAUAUCUGAACCAUGUUGAACCUUUGAAAAUUCAACUUCAGAGGCAACCAUGUCCUUUCCCAAAACUCAAAAUUCUUCGUAAAAUUGAAAACAUCAGUGACUUCAAAGCAGAUGACUUUCAGAUUGAAGACUAUAACCCCCAUCCAGCUAUUAAAAUGGAGAUGGCUGUUUAAUGCACUUAACUUUUUAAACAUGAUAGGAGUCUGUUUCAUAAGUAUGUUACCUUCUCUGUACUUAAAGCUCAAUCUAGUGCUCUUAAAUGUUGCUAAAACAGUUAAAUGACUGCUUCUGAACAGUCUGUGGUCUAGAGCAGGGCCUCUUUCAAAGUAUCUUUAAUGAGAAAUGGCUUGCCUUCCUGCAGGUGUCAUUGAACCAAAUCUUGCUGUAAAAAAAAUUAGCACUCUGUUUACUAGCCAGUCUUUGAGUUCAGGACCUCUGUUGGAAGAUGACUCGGGGUUGUAUAUUUUUACUGUCUAUAAAUCAUUGAGGGAUUGGCUGGAGCCCCCCCUAAGUUGUUACUGGGUUUAAGUUAAUAUUUCAAGCUUUUCCUUGCUCUGCACCGUAGCCUGAGCAGUGAAAGGGUUUAGUUUCGUUAUAUAUUAGUUACUUACCCUUAUGUAUUAGUAGUAAAUAUUUAAACAAAACACUUGUUACAGCAGGAUUUUUUUAAGCUUGGAAGGUGGUGAUAAGAAUGUUUAAUAAACUUGUAUAAAUAUUUUUAA